GUUAUAAUUUCAAUCAACUGACGUGAUUAUCAUAAUACGUGUAUAUACCACUGCGCCAAAACUAGUUGUAACAUUAGGGGGUUACUUUGACACGCACUUGUAAGAUGGCUUGCUGUAUACAAUCUAUGCCAUGCUUGCAGUUUGUGUCAACGCGGAAGCUAUUGUAGUCUUGUUUUAUGAGACAUUUCAUUUUGUGGAGAGCGGAGUGUGUCGUUCAGUGUAAUGAUAACUUUAUUGUGCAGAGCGCAAGGUGGAUUUACAAGUAUUUUGAGAACAGCCAGAAUCCAAAUCAGUAAACGACACAGCCAUAGUAAAGCAAUUAACAGUUACAGUAAGAGGAAUACGAAGAUGAAGAAGAUUAUAAUAGAUGUGGAUACGGGUGUCGAUGAUGCUGUGGCCAUCAUGUUUGCUCUGUCCAAACAAGAGGUGUUUGACAUUGUGGCUAUAACAUGUGUUAAUGGUAACGUAGAUAUAACAAACGUUUGUAGAAAUACGCUGAGAGUUUUAAAAACGUUUGAUAGGUUGGAGAUACCCGUAUAUAAAGGCGCAUAUAAACCAUUCCUUCCAACUUCAAAAACAGAACACGCUCGCCAUUUUCAUGGUAAGGAUGGACUCGGUGACGUGACAUGGGAAGGUGAAAUAGACACUAGUUUAAUACAACAAGAACAUGCCGUUCAAGCUCUAAUCAGAUUGGUUAACCAAAGUCCAGGCGAGAUAACUCUGGUGGCCUUAGCUCCACUCACUAAUGUAGCUCUAGCUUUACAACUAGAUGAAAAGUUUGGUGAGAAUUUGAAAGAGAUGUUGAUAAUGGGUGGAAAUAUUGAAGGAAAAGGAAACGUCAGUUUAUCUGCAGAAUUCAAUUUCCAUGUGGAUCCGGAAGCUGCUGAAAUGGUAUUACAGAAUGUCAAAUGUCCGGUUACCUUAGUAAGCUGGGAAACGUGUAUACACUCGUCGUUGCCGUGGGAAUUUGUUCACGAGAUUAUGACAUUUAAGUCAACUAGAGCCGAAUUCUUUAAGAAGAUUAUGACCACCGAGCGAGGUUUGGAAAGGAUGCAGAAGAAAAUGAACUGGGGAUUUCGUUCCUGUGAUCUGUUCGCCAUAUUGGUUUUGUUCGACGAAUCGGUGUGCGUGGAGUUUAAGGAAGUCAAUGCUUGUGUUGAGCUACAAGGAAGAUGGACUCGUGGACAAAUGGUCGUUGAUUGGCUUGGGAGGUGGUCGGAGAAGCCUAAUGUCAGAAUUGCAAUGAAACUGGACAUUGAUAAAAUUAAACAGUAUAUAAUUGAUUUAUUGAAAUAGUUGUCAAGACCUGUAAUAAUAUGAUCUGUUAUUGACUGGUUCUAUGCAUGGAUUCAUUGUAUUCCCAUCCUCCAUGACUUAUAUAAAUUAAAUGACGUUAAUACUAGGGUCAGUCAACUAUUAGUCCUUUACAUUAUCACGAUGUAUUCUCAUUUUUCAAUAAAAUCACACGUUGCCCCACCCCCCUGCUCAGCUACAAAAAUUUUUUUUGUAAAUCAACACUUUUUAUGAGAAACGUUUCUCGGCCGUGUGCUUUAUCCUUUAUCGUCAGAUGUAGGACAGGAUGAGCGCUCAAAGCACGAGAUAAUGAUAUAGACAUUAUAUGAUAUCACAAUUAAUGCGUUGCAUCCAUGAAAUUGAAUCACAAUGUCAUUGUUUUGAUUCAUAAUAAAAAUUGACGUCAAACGAG